GAGACAGCCACAGGGGACACGCCCACGAGGACACACCCACAGGGCGCAGGAGACAGCCACAGGGUGACACGCCCACAGGAGGAGACAGCCACAGGGGACACGCCCACGAGGACACACCCACAGGGCGCAGGAGACAGCCACAGGGGGACACGCCCACAUGAGGAGACAGCCACAGGGUGACACGCCCACAUGAGGAGACAGCCACAGGGGACACGCCCACGAGGACACACCCACAGGGCGCAGGAGACAGCCACAGGGGGACACGCCCACGAGGACACACCCACAGGGCGCAGGAGACAGCCACAGGGUGACACGCCCACAGGAGGAGACAGCCACAGGGGACACGCCCACGAGGACACACCCACAGGGCGCAGGAGACAGCCACAGGGUGACACGCCCACAGGAGGAGACAGCCACAGGGGACACGCCCACGAGGACACACCCACAGGGCGCAGGAGACAGCCACAGGGUGACACGCCCACAGGAGGAGACAGCCACAGGGGACACGCCCACGAGGACACACCCACAGGGCGCAGGAGACAGCCACAGGGGGACACGCCCACGAGGACACACCCACAGGGCGCAGGAGACAGCCACAGGGUGACACGCCCACAGGAGGAGACAGCCACAGGGGACACGCCCACGAGGACACACCCACAGGGCGCAGGAGACAGCCACAGGGGACACGCCCACGAGGACACACCCACAGGGCGCAGGAGACAGCCACAGGGUGACACGCCCACAGGAGGAGACAGCCACAGGGGACACGCCCACGAGGACACACCCACAGGGCGCAGGAGACAGCCACAGGGGGACACGCCCACAUGAGGAGACAGCCACAGGGUGACACGCCCACAUGAGGAGACAGCCACAGGGGACACGCCCACGAGGACACACCCACAGGGCGCAGGAGACAGCCACAGGGUGACACGCCCACAGGAGGAGACAGCCACAGGGGACACGCCCACGAGGACACACCCACAGGGCGCAGGAGACAGCCACAGGGUGACACGCCCACAGGAGGAGACAGCCACAGGGGACACGCCCACGAGGACACACCCACAGGGCGCAGGAGACAGCCACAGGGUGACACGCCCACAUGAGACAGCCACAGGG